GCCGCGGCAGUUGGCGAGCUCGCCCGCGUUCCCGGCAGCCGGGCGAGAGGAGAGGCCGUGGUCGCCUGGUCAGCUCCCACCAGCCGCCGCCGCCGCCGCCCCUCCCCCCCGUCGACGCGGAGCCCGGCAGCGGGCAGGCAGCACCUGCAGAGCCCACCAGUCUGGGAGAUGCUGGUCUGGGGCCGGCCUGGGCUGAGAACCUGAGCAGGAUCAGGCCUAACUCUUGUCGUAUCCCUGAGUUGGAAAGGGCUUAUUGCAAACCUGACAGAGGACCAUCCUGUUGGGAAAGGAGGAGCGUUCAAGCAGGCAGUUAGCUUCGAGUCCUUGCACAGCCACAAAACAUCCAGGACUGAUGGCAAGAAAAUGGCAGUUCCCAUCGAUGACUCCAGUGUGGGGAGCAGCCUCAAGGAAGAUGCCAUGGGGUUAUGCCAUGGUCUUUCAACAUUUUAACCAAAUCCUUGGAGCCCCCAGCAUCACCACCAUGUCGCACGAGAAGAGCUUCCUGGUGUCCGGGGACCCCUACUCAGGCCCGCAGCCUCCGAUGCCCCCCGGCUACGUCCAAGCUCCGUAUCCAGUGGCUCCCCACCCACAGGGUCAGUUCCAGCCUUCACCUUACGGCCAGACUGGCUAUCCUCCGAGCCCCUACCCGGUUGCUCCCUACCCUCAAGCCGCGCCCUAUGGACCUUAUCCACAAGCUGCGUACCCUCAAGGGGCCUACCCACAGGCUCCCUACGUGCAGCCGCAUCCUGGAGCACCUAUGAGCCCGCCUGACCCGAUGCAGAACAACUACCACGAGGAUGGUCCACCUUCUUACUACGACAACGAUGGCUUCACCCCCAGCAACUGGGGUGACAAGAACAUCCGGCAGGCUUUCAUUCGCAAGGUUUUCCUGGUGCUGACCAUCCAGCUCUCUGUGACCUUCUCCUUUGUGGCCAUCUUCACCUUUGUGAAGGACGUGAAGGGCUUUGUGCGCAAAAAUGUCUGGACGUACUACGUCUCCUACGCGGUUUUCUUCAUCUCCCUCAUCGUCCUGAGCUGCUGUGGGGAUUUCCGGCGGAAGCACCCAUGGAACCUCAUCGCCCUGUCCAUCCUGACGUUGAGUCUCUCCUACAUGGUGGGCAUGAUUGCCAGUUUCUACAACACGGACGCUGUCAUCAUGGCCGUGGGCAUCACGACUGCCGUGUGCUUCACCGUCGUCAUCUUCUCCUUGCAGACCAAGUACGACUUCACCUCCUGCCGUGGUGUGCUGAUCGUUUGCCUGAUGGUCCUGUUAAUCUUCGCCAUCCUUUGCAUCUUCAUCCGGAACCGCAUCCUGGAGAUCGUCUACGCGUCCCUUGGGGCCCUGCUCUUCACCUGCUUCUUGGCGGUGGACACACAGCUGAUCCUGGGGAACAAGCAGCUGGCCAUCAGCCAGGAGGAGUAUGUCUUUGCAGCCCUCAACCUCUACACGGACAUUAUCAACAUCUUCCUGUACAUCUUGGCCAUCAUUGGCCGUGCCAAGGAUUAGGCCACCUCCAGCCCUUUCCUCCCUCACAGUCCCCUCCCCUCCCCGGUUUUGUUCUCUUUUCCCUACGGGCCUGGUUGGUGUGCUGGGGUCGGGGUCCUUAUGCUUCCAGGGAAGGCGGCACCUCAAGGUGGCUGCGGUGGGCACUUGCCUUUGGCCUGCCUGCCUGCCCGGAGAGAGGAAGAGAAGGGAUUCACGCCCUGCAUCUCUUGGUUGACCCCGAGUUGAGGAAGGGGUGUGUAAAUAUGCUGCUGCUCUUGUCCACUGCGUUUUGCUCUAGAAAUGUCCGUUUCAUUUUGGAAACUAUCCUGCUCCUCCUGAGGCCAGGAGCACCCGCUGAGUCCCUCCGAUGCCCAUCAUGGCCUUCCUUCCCUUGCUUGCUGGGCAUGAUCUUCCCCACCGGCUCCCCCUGGCGGUCUUGGGCAGAGUGUUCCGCCCUGGGAGGGGAGGCUGUGGGUGUUGGGCAGCAAAGGGGGGCUUGGUCGGCUCUGAGGGUGCGCAGUUCAAAGUCUCUCUCGGCGCCUCCACGUUGGGGGUCUGCCGAGACCUUUUAACUGGGAUGUUGAUGUUACUUGGGGACACUUUCCUCUCUCUUCUUCCUUCCCCUCCCCCACGUGGCUGGCUUGGAGGGGCUUGAAAUGCUGCAUGCUGAGCCAUUGCCACUCUGCCCCCUAGGCCAGCCUCUGCACUAAACUGUAUAAAUAGCAGUCUAAUAAAAGUCAGAAUAUGCCCACAGCAAA